UUUCGACAAUCUGUUCCCCAAUUAUCUACAACAUGCAAUCCAAUUUUGCUCUUUGUUGCUGAAUCAAAGUUGUAGAUCAUUCGAGCUAAUGAAUUUGGGCACAAAAAUCACUUGAUUUGGAGUUCAGAGCUAUGAGUUAUGGUCUUUUUGUAGAUCACUUCGAGCUAAUGAAUUUGAGCACAAAAAUCGCUCAAUUUGGAGUUCGGAGCUAUGAGUUACGCCUUAAACAAGUUCAGCACUACUGCUGUAUCUUAUGUUGCGCUGCUGCCGUGAUUGGCUUGCUUGCCUUGUUGCUGUCAUUAUUUUGGUAUUCCUUUACAUAUGAAGGUCGAUGUUGGAGUAUGUAUAUGGAGAUAAUUUAUGAAGUUCGAGCUAUAGUUGGUUAUCCAGAAUGUCGAAUUAUUGGGAAUCGUGUAAAGAGUUCAUUGUUAGUGAUUUGCAGGGUUGAUGUCGAGGUCGUGGAAUAUGAUUAUUGAUCAAGAAGAAGAGUUUUAUGCUAUGAAAUGGUGGGCUGAGGUUAAAGUUAGAUGUUUUGUUUCAAAGUAUUCGUAAUCUGUUAUUUGAUUUUCAAGUUGUUAUAUUGUGGGCCCCUAUCCCACAGAUCCAGGAUCGUUUUUAUAGGUUUUGUUUCCGCUGUAAAUAAAUGCAAAUUCGAGGUUUGUUAAGUGUUGAUUGUGUUUUGUGUAUCUUAACUGUGAUUAGUUAGCAGCUCGGAAGUGCGGGCUGUUACAGGUGUGAAUAAAUGUAAAUUCGAGGUUUGUUAA